AUGGAGACGAAGCCGCUCCACCCCGGCCUGCGCUCCUUGCCGGUGCCGGGCGGCCAGCUCCUCCAGGGCGGCGCCGACGCGGUGCGCGCGGUGAAGGCCGACGCCCAGGUCAUCGUGAAUUGUGCACGGAGAACUGGCGAACCCAAGGUUGAGUCGCGCCCCGGCCAAGACAUCUACUGGCUACCGAUGACGGAGGCUAAUAUGCAGGACGCCUGCCGCUCCUACUUGGAAGAGUACGGGGAACGCCUUCUGGAACACCUGCGAUCCGGGCACCUCAUUGCGGUGCAUUGCGACUUGGUCGUCAAGAAGGACUGCAUCGAUCAGUGGAGAUGGCCAAACAACUUCAAAGCCUUGCCAAGCUGA